AUGAAAAAGACUAUACGUGGCAGGUCCUUUUAUGAGGCAAAACAAUACGAAACGACAUUCCAAUUCCUGGCCGGAAUCGAUAAGCUAGAGACAUUUCCAGUAGGGAUUCUCUCAGACCUGCUGAGUAAAGAUGCAGCCGCCUUGUACCGGUGGCUGUAUGAGUCCCAGAACCAGUCAGUCCUUACAAAUGUCUUGGGCUCUGGUGAGAGAGAACUGAGCCUGUCCUACUCUGCAACCACCACAGACUACUUUGCUGCAGGAUACUGUCUAGCUCACUCCAACUGUACAUGGACGAUUUACCUUGACUCUGCUGAUGAUGUGGUAAUGGAGUUUCUCAGUAAAGGCUGCAAUCAUCAACUGCCUGAGACUGGCAUCUCUAGUCAAUUUGUUUUAGUUUCAUUCAAGAAAGGCUCUAUCACAGACGAAGGCAUCAGACAUUUUCUGACUAUUCCUCGACCAUUACUGCAAUCUAUCGAACAACUCGAUUUUUCUAGCAGCAAGCUAGACAGAAGAGGGUGCGAGUGUCUAGCUGAAGGUAUUCAGAGGAUGUCAUGUCUUGCGAUACUAGACCUGAGUGGAAAUCUAGAAAUUGGAAAUGGAGACGCAGUAAAGCUAGUGUCAUCUCUUCACAGCAGCAAACUAACAAAACUGGACAUGUCUGGAACUAGUAUAAGUGAUCCUGACUUUGAAUGUCUUGCAAGCUACAUCCGAUCAAGUGCAAGUUUGGAAGAGCUGAAGAUCAGACGCACUAAAAUCUCAGUUAAAAGUAUCGACGCACUAUGCAAAGCUUUGAAUAUCAAUAGCUCAAUGAGGAAACUUGAUAUGUGGGGCUGUCAACUGACCGACCUUCACUCUGUGCAUCUGGGACAGCUGCUUAGAGAACCUGUACACUGUCGGAUAGAGAAGUUGGUCCUUACCUCUUGUAAUCUUACUAGUAAUGGACUAGGAAAAAUAGUAACUGGACUGUGUGACAAUCAUACACUGAAGGAGUUGAUAAUAAGGGAUAACCAGAUGAAUGAUGUUGCUGUUGCAACAAUGCUACAGAAAAACAGUUCCCUGCAAAGACUUAAUCUUGAAAAUGUGAAGUUGAAGUCAGUGGCGGUGUGGAGUUAG